AUGCCCCUGGAGCUUGACAUCCAACCAUCCGACGUGGACUUCCUGGAAACUCUUCAGCAGUGCAAGAACUCAGUCGUCUUCAAGGUAUCGAUUCAUGGAAAGCUCCGUGUUAUGAAGGUGUACCACGACCGUGGUAUAUCAGAGUGGGAUCCAGUCGAUUACGAAGUCAAUCUAUUUCUCCGUGAAUCAACCGCGUAUCAGCGUCUGAAACAAAAGGGAUUCUGCACGCGAGGGGUGGUCCCGGAUUUCUACGGUACCCUCACCAACAUCCAACCCACCUCAUGGCCCAAUCUGUACAUGUUUGUCGAUGAUAAGUUGCCUCCCAACGCCAUUUUUAUCGAGUACAUUCCAGGCAUGAGCAAACUUGAUCUCUCGAACUAUUCCCCAUCCAAUGUGAACCGUCUGCGUGAUAUCCUGUUUGAGAUGCAUCAGACCAAAAUGCUCCACGGGGAUUCAAUGCCCAGAAAUAUGAUGAUCUGCUCAGGGCAAGAGAAUCGAGUGCUCUGGCUUGAUUUUGACUCGGCACAGACCUUCCCAGAGGACGAGGCUCUGACGACACGCCAAGAAAGAUGGGUGGCGGAAGAGGUCGAGCUGAUGGAUUACUUUGUGGACGGUUUAGCCCAGGAUAAUGAUGAGGGGCGCCUCAAUUGCACAUACUCUUACUACUAUGAUUGGUUUGUCUGAUGUUCGGUAGGCAGCUGUAGCGUGUCGAGGAAAUGGUCCUCGUUUGGUCUCUUUGACUCUGCAUUUCCCUG